UCGAGCUUGGCGUCAGGAAGACACCCAAUUCAAGCGCCUGGUCCAAAGCUGCUUUUAGAGAGUGUCCGCCAAUACGUACGGAGAGUUCAUCUGUCCAAUCAUCCUGUUUUCAUUAACUCCACUCCAUGCCGAUACUGGGAAGCUCAGCUUUUAUUGCCCGGCGCUCUCAGUUGUUGGAUAGUACCAUCCUGUUCUUCUUCUUGCGAAUUUCCAUCCCCGCUGCUGCUGCUAGGCUGCUAGCCAUGGACAACAGGAGGAAGAACACGGCGGACGGAAAGAGGCCGCUGGCAGCGUCCAGCUCGUCGGAGCAAGAGGCGGUGAAGAGCUGCGACGUGUGCCAUGGCCCCCUCAAGCCCCCCGUUUACCAGUGCUCCCGUCGGCGGCUCGUCGCGUGCAGCGACUGCGGCGCCGGCCAGUGCCGUUCCUCCGCGGACUUCGCCGAGGAGGCCAUCAACGUCGUCUCCCAGCACUUGGGCUACUUCAAGGUGGCGUGCCCGUACAAGCAGUACGGCUGCGCUAGCUCCGUCGCCUCCCGCGACGCCGCGACGCACGCCGCCGUGUGCGCUCACGCGCCCUGCGCGUGCCCGCAGUGCGCCUUCCUGGGCUCGCCGGCGCAGCUCGUGCGCCACGUCGCGGACACGGCCUGCCCGCACGCCUGGCCUGUCCAUGGCAUCGAGUAUGGCCGCUUCCUCGUGCUCGACGUCCGCGUGCCGCAGGAACCGCGCCAGGACAAGCACCUCUUGGUCGCGGAGGAAGACGGCGGCGUGUUCCUCCUGGCCGUGAGCGGCCACGGCCAUUUUGGGCGCGUCGGCGUCGUCUGCCUCAGGGGUAACGCCGACGCCGGACCAGUGUACAGGUCCACCAUCACGGUGACCUGCCCGCCUUCGGAACAGGCCAUCACGAGUGUCGUGUGGUGCUGCUCGGUCCCUGCCGAAUUCGACGUGGAUCUGCUUCCGCCCUCGCUGUUUGUGGAAAAUGGCAGCGAGCUCGGCCAGCUGCGCAUCCGCAUCCGCUGUUGGCCCAGACCCGGCAGUACUCUCGCCGAUCUGAUACCAAACACAGCCCCUGCCGCCGAGUGCUUUCCGACGACGCUGACGAUGAGCUUCCGGCGAGAUGUCACACACGUACGCGAAUACUUUCUUUCCGCCGCGAUGCACACGUUCCGCCAAGCUGAACCUAGCUAGCUCGAUCUUCCUUUA